GGUAAACAGACAUGGAAGCACCAGGUGAAGACCUCCACAGAGGCUGAGCACUGCACUCGCUCUUUCCAACCGUCUUCUGUCUAUUUCGCCUAGUGCAUCCACUUGAUAUAGAUCUGCUUGGUGUCACGUUUACGCCUACAGCCUCCAGAGGCUUGACUUCCUCUCCAGUGUGUGUGGCGGCCAACAAUCACCAAAACUGAUGAGGAUCGUCUGAUUGAGUUAAAAUAACUUCCUUUUUUCUUAUUUUGCCAAGCGGAAAGAAUGUCGGAAAGGGCCGAGGAUGACGUCAGGGGGGAGCAGCGCCGAGCGGCCAGGCAGCAGCUGAAGCAGCAGCAGAUCCAGCGGAGAGAAGGCUCCACAGCAAUGGCGACUGUUGCGGAGCGGAGAUCCUUGCCUAGUCCAGAAAUAAUGCUGGGACAGCCUUGGAGCAACUGGGUCGACGCCGCCAAACUCCACGGCAAUGACGGUGCUGAAUCGGAGGAAAGUUUCAAAGACUUCGGGAAAAAUCGAGAAGCCAUGCGUUUGUGCAGAGAAGACAUGCCCAUAUUUGGCCAGUGUCCUGCACAGGACGACUUCUACCUGGUGAUGUGCAGCCACUGCAGCCAGGUAGUCAAGCCCCAAGCCUUCCAAGCACACUACGAGAGAAGACAUAGUGCGGCCAACAAGCCAGCCUCCACCUCGCCCUUCCCUGUGUCGGGCAGGAACCGGAGCAGCGGACUUGGGCCUGGGCUGGGCUCGGGCUCUGCAGCUGGAGUGGCGAGUGGAGGCAUUGUUACCCGACCCUCCACCGCUGGAGCCAGCUUAGCGUCCUCCUCCUCUAAUCCUAAACUCCUCAAAACAGCCAAAGAGAAGCCAGGCAUUCAGCGAAGAACCCCCUUUGCACCCUUCAGGACGCCCCAGCUGGACAAGAUCCUCACCCCGGCUGUCAAGGUGGAGAAGAUGCAUCUCAGGGUGGACUCGUCAGUUAAGCUGGUGCAGGCCCCAUCUGCCCCUGCCACCACCUCACCCUCCUCUACAUCCUCCUCUAGCAUCACUGUGAGCUCCAACACUACCACCAUCACCACCUCCUCAUCAUCAGCCCUUAAACCAGGCCUUAACUGUCCUUCCAUACCAAAGCCUCCAUUACUGGCCCCGGGUCAGAUUCCCAACGGCAAGGGCCACCUCUCAGUCCUGUCAGACAAGAAGCAGGACAGCAGCAGCAGUGCCAGUAGCAGACGCCACAUUAACAAGAAAGUGACAGAGCGUGAGUUCAAUGCAGAUAUCCACUGUGGCGUUGUGGAUAUAACAGCUCGGAAACCAUGCACAAGAUCCCUAACUUGCAAGACACAUUCCUUAAGCCAGCGGAGGGCGGUGCCAGGGCGGAGGAAGCGCUUUGACACACUGCUGGCAGAGCACAAGAACAAAGCAAGGGAGCGGGAAAAGGACAGAGAUCUCCACCAACCCCAUUCCCAGCAAAACCCCUCUCUCAGGGACCCACACCCCUCCUCCCACCUUGCCGCUGGCCAUGACGCCCACCAGGUCGCUCAUGGCAACGGCCCCGCCCCAGAUGCCACUAAGCCUUUGCCUCUCAGCAAGCCCAAAUUUCACAGCCCUGGUCUUCCACGACUAAACAGCGGUCACGGAGGUGGUACCCCCGGAGACCCCGCAGUAGUCCACGAGUUACCACACCAUGCCCAAACUACCCCCGAUGGGUUUUCUCGACCCUCCAGUGACGAGGGAGAGAACGAUGAGCGGGAGGACAGCGCUGACAAACUGGACUGUCACUAUUCAGGUUAUCACCCUCGACCGGCAGCUUUCUGUACAUUCAGAAGUCGACUGUUUGGGAGAGGCUGUUACUCCUUUGAUCGGCGAUGGGACAGAGUGCGAUGUGCCCUCACCACAAUGAUGGACAAGCAUGUCAACUCUCAGAUGUGGAAGAAAAUCCCCUUGGCCUUAGAGAACUCCUCCUCCGUUGCACCUACUCAUAGGACAAGCACAAAUUCUCACAGUAGCACUCCCUCUUCAGGCUUCCUGGGCCCCCCUUCCACCUUGCCCCAGACUCCUUAUAGCCAAUCCUACGAGGGCAAGUCAGUGCUCUCCUAUGGGACCACCUUAAAUGCCCGCAGCUCCCCACAGGGCGGGGCUGAGCACCCGGCCUACGGCAUUACGCAGGCCCGACAAGUGUCUUCGUCGCCGCAGAUGCCUUCAGCCCACUCAUCCUCAUCUUCUUCAGCUCCUUCCCUAGCCUCAGGCCGGGUGCCUAAGUCCCGUUCUUCCAGCAGCAGCACUACCAAGUCGUCGUCGUCGUCAUCCUUCAGGCCCAAGGAGAUCUCCUCUGGCUCCUCCACACCCGUCAUCCCCAACUCCAUUGGUGGGGGCAGCAGCGGAGCCAACAGUAACAGUAGCAACACUAGCUUCAGCUCGGGGAAGAAGAGAAAGAACAGCUCAAUUCUAUCUUCGUCCCAUGGCCCCUCUGAAUCCUCGUCUUCUAAUGCCAACUACUCUUCCUCCUCCUCCUCUUUCAAGAAGAACUGUGCAAAUGUCGGCAGCUCAGGGAGCACCUACCACCACGGCUCAUUAGGUCCUUCAUCCUCAUCGUCAUUAUCUUCCUCCCACAGUGGAGUCCACAGUGUGGGUCUUAACUGUGGCCCCACUGUGCGGACCAACUCACUCAGCCUCAAGGUGGAGCCUUCUGGAGGUUCAGCAGGCGGCUCCUCAGGGCCGCCUGGACGAGGUCCUCCCUCGGGCAGCCCUGCAGAAUCCAUCAAGCGCAUGAGCGUGGUGAUGAACAGCAGUGACUCUACCCUCUCCCUGGGACCCUUUGUCCACCACCAGUCCUCUUUCUCAUCUGACCACCAUACAAACUUCAGCCACCACUCCGCAGAUGGGCGCCUGGAGGGCAAGAAGCGCAAGAACUCUCCUGCCUCCAGCGGCAUUAAUAGUGGAGGAGGAGGCGGAGGGGGACCUGGACCAGGUAGACCCAAAGUGGCCAAGUCACCUGCCAUUAACAACAUCCAUGGGAAGCAUGGGCGGAGCAUUCCAGGGACGCCAGGGCUACCCAACAACUCCCAUUUACAUCAGCCAAAGGCUCGUCCCUGACAGCGGUGUCCGGCCUCUGUGUAUGGAACCGGCAUGCGGAUGGGGAAGUAGUCCGGAGCAGUCCGCACACUGCUCUGGGCUGCACGAGGCCUUCUAAAAUCAAACCCACUUUACUCUUAGCUUCCCACAAUCCUCAGGGUGGAGAUGAUCUGGACUGCCCAGUGAAGUCAAUGUGGUCCUUACUAUUUCUCCCAAAGCCAUGUGUGUGUGUUGGGGCGAAGGGUGGUGCAAUGGCACUGUAUGUAUAGCGUGGAGUGCCAGUUCGUCUUAGGAGCGAGCCAAGGACCCCCUACACAAGUGUCGUCCCAGUAUUCUGAGAGGUCUUCCUGUGUUGAAGUAGUAGGAACAAUAGCAACAGCCAUGGGUCUCUUGAGCUGUGGUUCAAAGCUCAUUGGGUUCAGGUCAAGGGCUGCCGCGACAAGCCGAACACGACGCCGAGCAACUGGGGAGACAACAAGCCGAUCUCUUCUGUUUGUUAAAGAAUGAGUGUGUGAAUGUGAGUGCGUGUACGAGUAUUUUUCUCAUGUCAGAUUCUGCUGGACUACUGGAAUUUCCAACUUAAUUACACCCCCAGCGCCUGAUCUCAGAAGCCUUGGAAGGAGAGCAGGAGAAGCAGCUAACUGUUACUUGCAACACCUUAAACAACACACAAUCACCUUGUUGUUUCACUUUUCGUUAGUCUGACUCUCUCUGGCGACACGUUUGAGUAACCUCUGGGUUACCCGCUGUAGCCUGAGAGGAGCCCAUAGGGACGAUCUGGUCAAUUCUUUUAUUACCCAGAAUAAUUAUGCAAGUGUUACCUUUUUAUGAUUUCUUAAGAGCUUUUUACAUCAAACUACCAAGAGUCUUUGUAGACGUGGUGAAGACAGUUGUGCUUUCAAAUGUGAAAAGAUCGCCUGAUGUGCCCAUUCGAUUGAAUCCUUUUGUCAGAGAGAGAACUUGGUCUCGAGUACACCUGUCAAUUUUCUAAAUCUGUUCAUUGUGCAAAAAGAUCGCCACAGUAGACCCUACCCCCCCCCCCCCAACUGUGAACAGCACUAAAUAACUACUUUCUCCACAGGCACCGCUUAGCAGUCCACAAGGCUAGCCAAAAGCUGCUAUCAGCUUUGCCACUACUUCUUUUUUUUUUUUUUUUUUUUUUU